GCCAGCGUGACUUCGGUCAUAGAUGUUCUCUGCUUCGGUGUCUUCGAUCAUGCUUCGAUCAGCGUUGCUUCGAUUUGAGACGGAAUAGAAAAAAAUGACGGUGUCAGCGCUAUCAGCGUCUUUUGAGUAUUUGAUGGCGGCUGAGGAGGACGAGCGCAGGAGAAGAAAGACCGGCGCUACCGACGCUGCAUUCGACAUGCCAGACGACGUGUUUCAGCAGCACUUUCACAUGAUCAAACCAACAGUGUGUUUCCUGUGCGAAGAGUUGGCCGAAGAACUCGAAAGCGUGCGAACGCUGUCAGUAGAACAACAAGUGUUGUGUGCUCUGCGAUUUUUCGCGACGGGGAGUUUCUCGACGGUGGAAAACGACGGAACGUUUGGCGUCGCCCAGGCCGCUGUCAGCGAGUGCGUGCUGCGUGUGGCGAAAGCAAUCGUCCACGUCGGGACCCGCGACAAGUGGGUCGAGUUCCCGCGGACGCCGCAGGACAAGGCGGUCGUGAAGGAUGUGUUCCGUAUGCACGGCGGCAUUCCAGGUGUUAUCGGGUGUGUGGACUCCACUCUUGUCGCCAUCAAAGAACCGGAAUGCGAUGACGAGGCAUGGUUCAUGGCUUACGACGUGGGAUACUAUGCCCUCAACGUCAUGCUUAUCUGUAACGCAGAGGCAAGGAUUCUAGCCAUCGACCCAUCCCGACCAGGAUCGGACCCUGAUUCUCAUGUUUGGAUCGCCAACUGGUUGCGUCGUCGGUUCCUGGACGGUCUCAUUAUCAAGCCCGGCGAGUUUCUCCUUGGAGACAGCAGCUACCCCCUGGAACCCUGGCUUCUUACGCCAAUCCCAGGCCAUCCUCCCGCACACACUGCAGAAGGCAGGUACAAUGCUGCUCACGCUGGCGUGUGGAAUGUUGUGCGAUAUUGCAUCAAGCUCCUGAAGAGCCGCUUUCACUGUCUUCAGCGAUGCCAUGCACUCCAGUAUGAACCAGAACCUGCAGCCGACAUCGUUGCAGCGUGUGCAGCGUUGCACAAUCUGUCUCUUGAUGACGAAGAUGAGAGCCUGUACAUUGAUGAGAGCAGCAACAGCACCAUUGAUGAUGACGACCGUGGUGACCCCUACUCACAGGGAGUGCCACGUCGGUGGUCACCACGUUCAUUCUACUAUCGCGGACUAGCCGUCCGUGAUGGUGUUGUUGGCCUGUUCGGCACGACACGGCGGCAGCACCAGUCGUAUCUAAGAAGGGUGCGGAAGCGACUGCGCCAGCAGCAUCAUCGGCAGCAGCAUCAACAGUAAAGCUAGGUACAUGCCUGUGCAGCAUCAGCCUUGGAACACACAUGCGUAUUAGAAGCGAGGAAGCAUAAUGAAGAAAUUUGAGCAACUGAUGCACGACUGCUGCAUUUCAUCACGUGGCACUAUAAUAUCCCCAAGAUUUUUUGCAUAGCCUUUGACUGUGGGCUGUCGUUAUUGUUGAUACAUGACUACACCAUUUCACUGUGAUGUUACAUGAGAGUCUCUCAUUUACAAGCUGUGGAUAGAACACAUGUGCAGCAUCAGAACGCAUAGCGAUUUCCCUGGCAAGCAAGAGUGGGAGCAUUUCUAUUGCUGUGGUCAACACCAACACUGCUCCACAGCAGUGUCUCCACCCUACAGAGGAGUUAUGUCUUUUCUGAAUAGAGGAGACUGGAUUGCAAAAGAUACUUAAAGGACUGUUUAUUCGUAUCUGCCGGACACCAUGCCCGCUGUGAUUCUCUCCGUCCAGGCCUGCUAGCUGUGCCGGGCUUCUUCUGUACUACGCAUAGGGGGUUCUUGUUGUAUAGCUAUGUUACAUCCCCCUAAACUUUCAUUCAGUCUUCACUGUUGUUCUCUGUAUUUCGCUGCAGUGUCAUGUUUUGCAGGUGAUGAUGAUCUUGGGGAGGGGGGAAGCUGGCUUGGAUGUUGCCACUCUGUGUUGUACUCGUUAGGGUGAUCCGAUCAUCCCAGUCUUCAGGGACUGGGCUGCGUUGCCGACCUUCUUUGAUGUGCUUGAAGAAUGAUGCAUUUCUCAGAACCCACCUGCCAUCUCGAUCUGCAGUCACUGCCGUCCCUUGUACUAUUGUAACUAUAGAGGGAACUGCCCCAUAGGCUGACUUAUAGAAGUGAGCUGACUGUCGCUUUGCUGCACUCCUUUUUUAAUUGUGUGUGGUGCAGCAUGUCUUCUCUCUUCAGUGUUUUCCUAUUUGUUGCUCGUUUUUUUUAGGUCUAUUUCUGCCUGCUGUGCAUGCAUGCACCUCUCAGGAGCGUCAGGAAGUUUUGUUACGAUUUUCCAUCCAAAUAGAAGUUCUGCAGGUGUCAGAUUUUUAGUUGAGUGAAAUUUCACCCUGUAAUUUAAGAGCAUUUCGUUUAGCUUCACUUGCCAGUCUCUCUGCUUAACACUGGCACUCUUCACUGGCUUUUUCAUGUUUCUCAUGGGCAUUUCGACCUGUCCGUUGUCUUGAGGCCACGGAGGAGUGACGCAGUGAUGUUGAGUUUCACAAGAUUUGAUGAACUCUGCGAAGUCCUUCCAAAGCAGUGGAGGUCCACUGUCUGUCUUUAGUGCCUGUGGCAUUCCUUGCACUGUGAACAUGUCACUUAGUCUAUCCAUCACAGCUUUUGAACUUAGCAAGGGGAGUGUUUCUGUCACCGGAGAAUGUGAGUACCCAUUUAUGAAUGACCACUAGGUCGCACUUGGGACUGCCACGAUCCAUGUGGAAGUUGUGUCAUGACUAACGGUGAUGUCUUCUCGAUCAUAGUUCUCUGGUGCGCUUGAAAUUCCUGUAUUCCCUCUUCCACUUUCUGUCUGACACGCCCUGGAAACCACUCUUUCUCUCUUAUGAGUUGUUUAGUCUGCAUUGGUUACCUCUGUGUGUGCUACAAGCGAUUUGGGCUUGUGCUCCUUCGGGAAUUAUCAGUCUCAUUCCUCUAAGCACAAUGUCAUUUUCAGGAACUGCGAGGUCGUCCUUGAUUUGCACAAAUUGUUCCAGCUUGUUACUAUUUCACGUCUUGGCAAGUAUUUGGGGUUGUUUGUCUGCAGUGCUUUGAUCAGAAGGUUCAUAGGAACAUCUUCAGCGUGCAUUCUUUCGAUUUCUUGCACAGUCAGUGCCUUUGGAAUAGCAGAUUCCUCGAUGAAGGAGACAUACUCUUCUGUCACACUUGUUUCAGGACUGGGACCAAUAAUGUUGGUGGGCAGUGCUUGCCUUGACAAAUAGGUGGCAGGGUUGGCCUGGUCUGCAAUGUGUUCACUAUUGAAAUAGUGCUGCAGUUUGAGGCUCAAAUGUUCAAGCCCUGCUGAGAGCUUGCUGCUUGGCUUUCAGAUGAUAGACACCAAAGGCAGGUGGUGUCUCUUCCUUGUGAAAAUGCCUCCUACAAGGUACAUCCAAAAGUGCUCAACAUUUCACGGCCUGUGGGGCGUAUCUUCCCUCUGUUAGUGUAAACGCUCUGCUGAAUUAUGCAAGAAUGCUGUAGCUUUGGUCUCUUGAAUCUUCUUGACUCAGAACUCUUGCUAAUUUUUCUGUUCCAGCAUCAGUGAUGAUGUGGGUUUCUUUAGUGUCAUUGGGGUUGCUAGGGUAUGCAUUUGAGAUAUUUCUUUAUUUAUGUCAUCCAGGGCCUUCUGGUGCUCUUUGUUCCAACAAAAUUCUGCACUCGCGUGUGUUAGCUUUCCAAAUGAAACCACUAUCUCGGUUGGGCAAGGAAUGGAUUAGCUGCUGUUGUAUAGCAUGCCGGGGAGCCUUCUUACCUUCGUUGGGUUUUUGGGUGGUGUCAGUGUGGCUACUGCUUUGUCCUUUUCUGCAUCUACGUAGACUCCCACUGAGGAAAAUGCAUGCCCAAAGGAUUUCAGCUUGCUACCACUUAGGACACACUUUUUUUUGUUCAGUCAGCCUGGCAUCAUUUAGGUGUUCUAACACCAGGUGAAGUCUUUGGUCAUGUCCUGUUAUGUCAACAGGUGAGGCUGUCAUCAUGACAUUGAUCAUUUUAUCCUCAUCUCGAAAUGCGUGUCUUGUGGUGUCCAAAAAUUUCUGUGACUGCGUUGACACCAAACAACAGCCUCUUAUAUCUCUCCAAACCACAAUGGGUAGAGAACAAGGUGAUAUUACAGGAUUCUUCAGCCAGUUCGACUUGAUGGUGGCUCUCUUUCAGAACGAACUUUGAAAAGUAAGCAGCAUUAUUGAGAAUGCCAAUGACAUCUUCUACAGUGGGCAUGACGUGUCUUUCUCGAGCAAUGGCGAUGUUGGCGUCUCGGAUGUUGGCACACUCUCUGACUCCAUUGGCUUCAUGACAAUGGCGAUCGGUCACACUAAGACGUGGGUCCGGUUACUUUUGUAAUGUCUAGCUUCUCCAGGCGUGUGAGCUGUCUCCAGUGCUCUUUUUAGUUUUAAAUGGAUUCAGUGGGGCUGUCAGGCAACUAGUUUGACGUCUUUCAAGGUGUUCUGCUUGAAUGAAAAGUUCUUGUGCUUAGCGACCUUGCCAAAAAGUUCUGGGAACUUUUUCGUUGCAUUGAGACUACUGUGUUCAAUAAGCAGCUGAAGUAUCAUGAUAAGCUUUAGGUUCGAUGCUGUUUUAUAGCUCAGAAACUAUUGGUGUGUUCCUUUUAGGAUGUGUACUGUGGCUUCAAUGACCUGGCCUUGAGCACAGAAUGUUGGAAAGAACUUUCCCAGGAAAGGAAUUUAUUGACUUACUCCAUAUGGUACCAGCAUUGUGGUUCUGUGCUCUAGCUGCAUUUUCUGUAGGUGAUUUCGCCAUGAUGUCUCACCGAUGACAUUCCUCCAUGCUUAUUUUUUGCUUCGUGCAUGCUUGCAGGCAUGCCUAUAACAUCAAUGGUUGGUACAUCAGGCGUUUGUCUGCAGAACUUGGCAAAGUGGUUUCACUUUUCACACUUGUGGCAAUUUGCUCAACAUGCUGGGUAUUAUUCGUCUCCGUGCUUCUUUUCCUGCCUUGGCAAUGCACACCAUCUCUUGCUCCACCACAUUUAUUACUGUUAAUCACUCACCUUCUGAGCUCUGCAUCGUUUUGUCUGCAGCCACUGCGCAGUUUUUUAAAAGGUGAAUAAUGCUGAAAGAUACUGUGUGGCAUGCCAAACACAUUUGAUUUCUUCAGAAGGGUAUUGAUAUGUAAAUAGCGAAGGAUUCACUUGUAAAUACUCAUGUCAAGUUUUUGCCAUUUCAGAGGUGUAUUAUUUGUAAGUAGUGAAGGAUUCACUUGUGAAUAGUUGUUUCAAAUUUUGGCUGCCUCAGAAUUGUUUGUAAAUAGUGAAGGAUUGCACUUGCAAGUUGUGAUUUCAAGUUUUUGCAGGCUCAGAUAUUUAUUAUUUGUAAGUAGUGAACGAUUCACUUGUGAAUACUAGUCAUUUCGAGUUCAAGUGACAUUGAAAAUGUUCAUUCGGUCUUGUUCACAGCAGUGCAACGAUGGCAUAUGCUUUUUGUUGUUAAUAAAAGCAUAUAAACCAACAGAAGCAGUAUUUUUUCAAAACA